AUUGCGUGGGUUCUGGGUUUUUCCGUGUACUUCCAUGAAACCGUCUAAUUAUUGUCUGAGUGCUCAGGACCUUUCGGUUUAUGUUGUUAACCCGCAGUUUUGUUACGUGUCCAUAGGCUAUUUCAAAUAUAAUGUGUUGUAUUUUUUAAUAGUUGCUUAAUUUAACGAAACGGUUCUCAGAUAUUCGUUUCCUUCCCGUUAUACUGUAGUUUUAAAUUUCCUGGCACUUUGUCCAGUGUUGUUUUGUGUUUUUGUUGAUACCGUUAGUGCAUCUGUUUUCUUAAACGGGUGUUAAAAUAAUGUAUUUGAUUGAUUAACCGCUGCUGGAUUAUGAAAUAACGUGCAGCAGUUUUUUUUUCCCAAUUGCUUUAGGUUCAUCGAUGAGAUUAGAUAACGUGAUGAGAGGUGCAUAACAGAGUGAGGCAGCGUGUUUGCUUUUACCACAAAAGCGACCUGUUUUCAGUUAUUUUGUUUGUUGCCUGUGUAUGCCAUUUACUGUUUUGUACUGUAAUACAAUUUGAACGAUAUCCGGUACAUCUUAAAUUAGGCUUUAACGACCGAGUCACUUUGGAAGACGGCAAAUACAAUAAGGGUUUCAUGCAGAAUUUAAAAUACAGUAUAGGGGUUAAUUUAACGGAUGCGUGAAGACAUUUGUGAAACAAUUACUCGUUUUGUGGGCCGCCAGGCGCGGUGUUCUGUUUGCAGAAAUCACAGUCAUUCAUUAACUUGGUUUGGAUUAACCUAGUUGCAUUUUGACGUCCUCGCAGUGAUUUAGGAGGUUGAAGGAGACGUGCCACUUUUUUUUCCAUUGCAGAGACCGGAGGGGGGGGUCGGUCGGUCUUGAUGCUCCACUCAGUGGACACCCAGUCCAGUCGACUCCCACCACACGACCCCUGCUAUUCGGUCCUUCCCUCAGUUACAGUCUCUGAACAUGCGACAGACAACAGCAGCAACGCCUUAAAAUGCCAAUCAGGAGAGGUGCAAAUCCAAAACACCGGCAGCAAUUAAGCACAGUUUGAGAACCUCCCAACAGGUUUUUGUUGCCUAUGUAGUCAUUAAGUUUGCGGGAACCUGGUAUGCUCUUCUUUCUUCUGAUAUUAUGGUUGUCACAACAAAGCAGCACUUUUAACUUCUGUGGGUUCACUGGAAGAAAACCCGUCUGUUUUCCUCUGAAUAAUCUGUCAAAUCAGUAUAAUUGCAAGGGAUAGGGCUGCGUCAUUUAUUUGGAAACUUUCACUUAGCACCUGGUCUGGGGGGUCUGACUGCUCAUAGGGGGGUUUAAAAUGAAAAGUGCAAUGUUGUAUAAGAAAGUAAGGAUUUAUUCUAUGCAUGUUGUAGUCUGAUUUUUGCUGUAAUUUAGUGUGUGGAUGGGAUUUCCACUUGCUGUUUAGAAAGUACGUAAUCUUUUCUGCCACACAAUUUCCUUGUUUUUCCAGGCAUGGGUUUUUUUUUAAUUGGUAAAAGAUGAAAUGCAUGUUUUAGAGUAAAUUAAAAUGAAUCUUUAUUCUAAAAUAGAAUUGCAGUUAAAAGCUUUUUAAUUAAAAAUUAUAUUUAAAAAUAAUAUAUUUUUUAACAGCUCACUUCUCUAUCUAAUGACUAGGGAAGAUGUAUACAGUAUGGUAGAAACAGUUUCAUUUUUUGUUCUGAAGUUUGCUGUUGCUGUUGCUUGGUUUUUAUCUGGAAAGCAAAUUGGUUAAUUUCCUUGAGUCGAUCCAUCAGAGACUUUGAUAUUUCUUAGUUCACCUUGAUGUGAACAACAACUGCACCUUGAAUUCUGCAGGAAAUGAAUUCAUCCUACCCACAGGUCCUGUUGUUUGUGCUCAGCAUGGCGGUGGUCAUCCGCUUACAGGGGCUUAGAAUCGAUGCUGGUUCUGAGGAUAUACGCAGUUUCUUCACUGGACUGAAAAUCCCUGAUGGUGGGGUACACAUUAUUGGUGGAGAGCUCGAAGAGGCUUUCAUUAUAUUUGUCUCAGAUGAAGAUGCAAGGCGUGCUAUGAUUCGCUCUGGAGGAUGUAUUAAAGGGUCUCCGGUACAUCUACAGCUCAGCAGCAAGACGGAGAUGCAAAAUGUCCUUGAAGCCAGCACAAGAACGAAAGAAGCAAGUAAAAGUAGGAUUUACAAUGAGAGACUGGGAUUGCGCAGGACCGACUCGAGGGCGGGCUCUUCAGCCUUUACAGAGAGUUUUUCAGAGGUCCAAAGUAAGGAUCCUUUACAUCUUGGUAGUCCUUCAGAUCCAAUUGUUUCUGUCAAGAGAAAAAUCCGCUACCCAAGGAAGAUUCUGCCAUGCAAUAGUGAUGGCUACUAUUUGCAUUUGCAUGGGAUGCCAUUUUCUGUCACGGAGAAGGACGUGCGAAUGUUUUUUCAAGGGCUAGAAGUGGAGGGUAUCCUUCUGUUCCAAAACAAACAUGGGCAAAAAAAUGGCCGAGGGAUUGUGAAGUUCGCUACUUUGCGUGAUGCAAGCGAGGGCCUUAAGCGGGACCGUGAGUACAUUGGAUCGAGAUUUGUGGAAGUGAACUGCUGCACAGAGAAGGAGUGGAUUAACGCAGGGGGUCGUGAAGGACCGAAUGUUGGUGAUGCUGUUGUGUAUGAUAGAGAGUCAUCUCCAGCUUCUGUGGAAAGGUAUUCUAGAGGUAGAACAAGGUCAAGGUCACCAGUAAUGUACAGGUCUAGGUCAUCUUCACCUUCUAAUGAAGAGUAUUGUGUUUUGGUGGAAAACCUGUCAUACACUGUUGAAAAGAGGGAUAUACAGAGAUUCUUUCACCCUGUGGUCUUGAGUGAUGACCAGAUUUUGCAUUUGUAUGACCGGAAUGGGAAAAAAACAAGGGCAGCGUUUGUGUUGUUUAAGAGUCUGAAAGAUUACUGUGCAGGUUUGGGACGCCACAAAGAUGUCAUGGUCCACCGUAUGACGUAUGUGUCCCCGAUCUCCAAGGAGAAAAUGGUAAAAAUGUUGGAAACGUUAGAAGAGAAGCUUGAGGAACCCCGUGAAAGUUCCAGUCGAUCACUUGAAAAACCUCAGUCUACUCAAAGAAGCAGGCAUCCAUCUGAAAGGACUUGUAUUUAUGUGCGAAACUUACCUUUUGAUGUGCGUAAGGUGGAGGUCAUGGAUUUUUUCCAAGGAUUUGCGAUAUCCGAGGAUUGCAUUCAUUUGCUGCAUGAUGAGAAAGGCAAUGGGCUUGGGGAGGCCUUGGUGAGGUUUCAGUCUGAGGAGGAGGCUUCAAAGGCGGAGUACUUGAACGGCCAAAGAUUUCUGGGAUGCAAGGUGAUGCUCAAGUGCAUAUCAAGAGCACAGGUGCUGGAAUUUGGUGUCUUUGAUUUUGGAGGAACUCGGAGUGGACGAAGACCGAACAGUCCUCUGGGGUGCACGGGCCUUAAUGAGAGGAGUCGCAAAUCUAACUUGGACUUUUUGGAUUUUAACGUUCGUGAAAAUGAUAUGAAAGCACCUUUUGAUGAAAAAUUGAACAUUUCUAUGGGAAGCAACCGUGCUUUGGAUCCAGCCGUGAACAACAUAAAUUCUGGUUUUGAGAGAGAAGAUCGACCCAGACAUGAUGGAUUUGGUAACCCUGGAACCUAUGAUGGCCCUACGUGUGUUAAACUGGUCAAUUUACCGUUGAAAAUAACCAUCAAUGAAAUCUAUGACUUCUGUUAUGGGUACCAGGUGAUUCCAGGUUCAGUGUCAUUGCAGUACAACAGGAGAGGACUUCCCAAAGGCUCUGCGACUGUUGUUUUUGAAUCUUGGCGAGAAGCACAAACUGCGGUUCAAGAAUUAAAUGGGAGACCAAUUGGAACUCGGAAAAUCCAGUUAACUUUUGUUUAAAGACGUUGGUAUUUACAAACUAUUUGGGGAGGUUUCAAUACUUUGGUUGGACUAUGGACAGAUGGAAAAAAAUAUUCUCAUUUCUUUGCAUCUGAAAUUGCCAACAUUUUCGGCAUAAAUUGCUCUUAAUAACUACUUCAGAAACCUCAAAACUAUAAAAUAAUGAAUGUAAGGGACAUCUUUUAAUGCUUGUUGCUAAUUGCUCAAGCCAAGGAUUUUAACAUUUGCAAGUUAAUUUACAGUUGUUUUUACCCUAAUUGGUUAUGGGCAUUUGGUAGCUUCCAGUGCCAAUUAAUGUUUUUUUGCAUUUCAUUAUUGAAAGUGAACAUUUUAAAAUUGCUUGUUGCCUGAUACUUGUUUCUUUCCCUGGAUCAAGAGAACUAUUGUAUUUUUCAUGUUGCUGUGGCAUUUCAGUAAUUAUACGGUUCUUUAAUGCUGUACAUAAGGAUAAUUUGAGUGUGAUGGAAAAAAAAGUCUUUUGCUUCCAGUUCCAACAUAUUAUCUAAAUGGGUGCUUUAGGAUUAAUAUUUUUUUUCCAAUUGACAUUGGAAAAGGUGACUUGCAAUCUGAUGUGGUUAAAAAUCUAGCUCAAAUUCACUAUAUCAUUUCUUACUUUUUUUCUUGCUUGAGCUUUAAAAUAUUUUUUUAAAAUGGUUUGUCUAAUGCAAACCAUAACGUUAAUCCUGCCAAGCUUUGUUCCUUUGGAAAGAUAUAAUAGACACUUAGUAGAAACAUGGUAAAGUUUCAGAAUCAAUUCAUGUCACACUUAACAAAAUUGCAAUGACCGUAUUCAGAAAUGAAAUAUUCAGGAGGAUGUUCACUGGAAACAAAUGACUGAAAAGCCAACAUUUUAUUAUAGAAAUAUAUUAUAAUGUAACUACAGGAUACUCGCUGUAGCAUUUAGAAAUUAUUCAAAGAUAAAAAUUGAUUGUAUCUGAGCCAUUUUAUACUGUCAUCAUAGUAAGAUUGGUAAAGCAGAAAGUUUUGUUAAUUGGGGUAGUGUUUGAACUUUUUAGAAACAUGCUUCCGUGAAAUGGGAAAAAAAAUUCUCCGUUAAUGUGUGUAUUUUAAUGAGAAAAAAUAACAUUUUUGUCUUUUACAUUCUGCUUUCGAAGGUACUAUUUAAUGUAAAAAAUUGUUUGGCAAGACAUGAGCAGAUUCACAGUGAGAUCCACAUGAACAUGAUGGGAAUGUGCAGCUCCAUGCAGGUUUUACCCCAGGAAUUGAAGCUAGGGCCCCAAGCCCUGCAAGACAGCAGUACUAGCCACUGCGACACCAUGCUGCUCUGUGAGAAGACAGCGUUAAGCUAGUUUUUAUUUCUAAUAAAUUUUACUUGUAGAUCUAUGUACUGGAGCACCUAAAAAUCAGGUGUCCCUGACAGUUCAGGCUACAGAAUCUUACAGCCCUUUGUACAGCAUUGGAAAUCGGGGACCAGUUGGAUAAAUGGAACGAAAGUCCACAUCCUAAAAAUUGGGUUUGAUCUUUAACUCAGACCUUACUACUUCUGAUCUUCUUAAAAGAAUUAUACUGUUUGCACCAACCAGCAGUUUAGGCAGAUUUAACUAUAACUGAUAUUUAUUCUACUUUUAAAACAGGCGUAAGUACCAAAUUGACAUGAACGGGAUUUGUGUUUCAAAUGUAAGAUCCUUGUUUUGCAACAAUUCUGUAACAAAAAAUAAACAUUUGUAGGAUUAUUGGAAAAGUUUUAA